UAGUCUUCCGGGUAAUUGCUCAGAGCCCCCUUGGGGACUGGCAGGUGGCAAAACCUCUGCCACUCCCCAACACUCCAGAAUCACAAGCAACAGAGGCUGCAGUGAUGGCAAGUUCCAGGUACCCGGUGUCAAUAGCAGCGGCAGCCCUGGUUCAGAUGGAUCGGCUUCAGAUGUUCGCCUUCUCCGUACACUGGUCAGAUGGCAGUGACACCUUUGUGAGCAGAAGCUGGGAUGAGUUCAGGCAGCUCCAGAAAACCCUCAAGGAGACCUUUCCAGUGGAGGCGGGCCUGCUGCGGAGAUCUCACCGCCUUCUCCCCAGGCUUCCAGACGCACCAUUGCUUUCCCGCGGAGGACGCCUGGGCCGCGGACUGGUGCGCCUGAGGCUGCUGGAGACCUACGUGCAGGCAUUGCUAGCUACUGCGGACCGCGUGUCGCAGAGCCUAGUGCUCAUAGGUUUCUUUGAGCCACAAGCUCGGGACCUGGAAUCUGCACUGCCUCCCAACAGCAUGGUGAUCCUGCCUGCCCCAGAGAAGCCCUCACCCCGCCCUGUGGACAGCCUUGAUAUCCACACCCUGGAGGUUCAGAGCCUCUGUUGUGUGCAGCCUUUCCACACCCAGGACACACAGGGCAGGCCCUUCCACACGAAGGCCCAAGAAAGCCUGAAUGUGCUGCUUCGACACCCCUCAGGCUGGUGGCUAGUGGAGAACAAAGACCAGCAGAAGGCCUGGUUUCCAGCUCCUUAUCUGGAGGCAGCAGCCCGGGAGGGAGACCUGACACAGGGAAACAGCGGGACCCAGUUCUGCACUUCCCGAGCCUACAAGGGCACCCGUGCUGAUGAACUGUCGGUGCCAGCGGGGGCACGCGUGCAGGUCCUGGAAACUUCAGACCGGGGAUGGUGGCUGUGCAGGUACUGUGACCAGGCUGGUCUGCUCCCCUCAGUGCUGCUGCAACCUGAAGGGCUGGGUGCAUUCCUGAGUGGGCCAGCCACCCUUGGUAGGGAGGACAGGGAGAAGAACAAGACUACCACUGGUCCACCUCCUGUCCCUGCCCGCCCUCCACUGAGUGCCAUCCAGAGUCGCUGCUGCACCAUCACACGAAGGGCACUGGCGCGGGACUGAGGGCCUCAGAAGCCUUCUUGAAGCUGGCUGUGCACCCCAAGCCCACGCCAAGCAGAAUGCCCAGGAUCCAGAUCCCUGGGAUAACGGAUAGCUGCAUCAUCCCCACAGCUGGGAGAGGAAUGGAUGAGGGUGGGAGGAAGGGGAGUUCCUAUUUCCAUUGAGUAAAACUUCUGGAAGACUCCA